GUGCCCCUGGCAAAGUGGGGGCCUGGUCUUUCUGCAAUCCCAGCCCUGCUUGGACACCCAUUACAGCAAUGAGCACAGCGCAUCUGACUUUCUGCCUUGUCUCUCACGCUUCUCAACACGGACGCACUUGGACGAACAGCUGAUAGGAGUUUAUUUUGUGAAGCUGUGACCAGUUUUCCAGUAGACCAUGAGCUUGCUGAGGGGAGGAGCCUGCCUGUCCUUGAUCCUUGUUUCUGUGGGGUCUAUCCCAGUGCCUGGCACAGCCGCUUUGGAGAUGGAAGGAAUAGAGGGAGAGCAGAUCCUCAAACAUAGCCUGCAUCUCUCCCUGCUUCCCUCCCACUCUUCAGUUUUCCAGCCAGAGGCAUUUGCUCUAAGGCCCAGGCUGUGGCCCACCUAUCACUGCUACCCAAGUAGUACAGGAAGAGGAAAUUUGAAGAGGAAAAGAGGGACCGGGAAUGGGGAUACACCAAGAAAAGACCAUGUGAAGACAUGGCGAGAAGACAGCCAGCUGCAAGCCAAGGAGCGAGGCCUCAGAAGAAACCAACCCUGUCAACACCUUGACCUUGGACUUCCAGUCUCCAAAAUUAUGCGAAAAUAAAUUCCUGUUGUUUAA